AUGCCACACAAAGUCAACAACGACUCCAAUUCCACCCUCGCAAGCAGAGGUAGCGCCGGGGACCCCGUCGUUGCCACCGAAGUCCGAAGUGAGUCUCCAACCACUAUGACAGCCCAAGUCGAUCUCCAGAAUCAGGCUAAUACGCGCUCUCCAGCCGCCAAUCCCGCUCGAAAACCACCCGUCAUCGUCCACAAUCAGGGCGGCCAAAUCUACGACGAAACACGGCCGUCCGACUGGGACAAACAACGCUGGAAAUAA